AAAUGACGCAUGUUAUUUCUGAGAGUUCCAGUGCACAGGGGCAUGACAAUUCCUUUCCCACGGCAAUCGUGCCAUGUUGCGCGUGUCCUUGUUGUUUUAAUCUACGUAAGCUUCAUUAACUAGAACGGUAAGGGACUACAUUUCCCAAAUGCCUUUGCUGCUUCACACCCGGAAGAAGACUCGUGGUGGCGUCUUUGGCUGGUGAAAGCUAUUGAUUCAGACACCUUUUUGUUUGCGACAUUUGGACGUUGGUUAUGGCGUGCUGAUGGAGUAACAUCCUUGGCUAGAAAAGGUUUCUCUUCUGAUGCCUUGGCACCAUCACUAAAAAUCUUGCAAAGAUUCCUCGCAUCAGCCAUGAUAAAGGACAAAGAAGCAUUUCAGAGGCUCAGUUUCCUCUAUCAGGCAGCACAUUGUGUCCUUGCGCAGAACCCAGAGAACCAGGAGUUGGCUCGCUUCUAUUGUCACACGCAGAACAGCAUCAGCCGACGGCUCGUGUUAAGACAGGAUCCAUCUGUGAAAAGAACCAUCUGCAAAUCUUGCUUCUCCCCUCUUGUUCCUGGCAUCAGCUCAACUGUGCGCCAGAGAAAGCGCCGUAACCAGCGGUGGACUGUUGUGCGGUGUCUCAACUGCAGUCUAACCAAGCGGCUCCUCAACAACCCUGACUAUAAGUUGUGGUCAGAGCAACCUGAGGCGUUACUAGAGAACCAAACGCCACCUGGUGAAGGAACAAAAGGCCAAACAUUCAGCACAGUGCAACGGCCCUCCAGGGUCCCUCAAGCUGAAAAGGCACCACCACCAAGUUCUGGGCCUUGCAGCCAUCCUGACUCUGAGGAAACUACAGUGGGCACCAAAUCUAAAGGGGAGAAGGGCCCUAGUGGGAAGUGAGCCCUCCCUUGGGAAUGGAAUCUCCCCAGGCAGGCAGGCAGCUGUGGCUUGGGAAUGAAUGUGUAAGCCCUGAGUUGGGGCAGAAGAAGCAAAUGUGGUCAACAAGAUUAUUUAUGCAGAGAGAUGUUUGGGAAGCAAAAUCCCAUCUUGCUACUUGUGGGACUUGGAUGUCUUAAGUGAGAUGAGUUCAAUGAUAAAGGUCUUCUUUUACAGGGCAACUAUUUGGGGGGGGGCAGAGUCCUCUUCUACAGCCCAUAAUGGCCUAGCAAAGAGCCUUUCCCCAAUACCACUGCCUGCGUCCCCUUUCUCCCACCAAGUCCAUAGCUUGAGAUUUGCCUGCCCCUCUUCUGCUCCCACAUGCAUGUCUCUCUUCCAGUCGGUGCUGCCAGUUGCAAUAUGGGUUGGAGGGGGUAUGCGCUUAGGUAAGCCCCAGCUCUGGAGGACUGAAAUUGUUUGAUUCCUGGAAAUUUUGGUGAACUCCUUCUCAUUGGAACCUGAGGUGAAGAGAUGAGCAGGAAUAGUUUCCAAUCUAACCUUUUGUAUAAGAGAACACGAUGUAAAAACUUGGAAAUAAAAUUUUGUUUCAAAACUGG